AUGUUUAUAUCUUUGUUAUUUACGCAUAUUUUUCUAAGUGUCCACGGCAAGGAGGUCGACAAACCCUACGUCGUAUUCCCUGUACCGUUGGACUUGCCUCAUCGAAACGAGAGGGCAGAACAAUGCUGGGUAAGAAUAGAAGACAAUGAAAUACUAGAGACGGUAGCUGUGUACUGCUACAUAGCGCAAGGUUUUCUAAAAAAUCACAUCUAUGAUUAUAACUCUAGGAAGAUGACAGAUGACGAUAUCGAUGUUAGUCUGUGGAGUGAAGAGCCGAGAAUUCCAGAGAUUAACCCGCCAAAAACGAUUAAUAGAACAUCGGGCGUUGUUGACUGGAAGAUUACCACCAUUUUGGAUCCUAUCACACAUUUGAGGUUGUAUGUAACCCAACAUGCCGACUGUAGAAUUAUAAUGUAUAGCAGAGAGGCGGAAACUAACUAUAAGGUAGACUGUGAUAAAAUUUUAUUCUUUAUUAAUGAGCGCAUGACGAAUGGCGCACAGUUACGCAAUAUAAUAACUAAAUUGCCUGUGAUCAUCUUAAUUGUUAUUUUCUUUAUACUAUAG